AUGUCUGUCAAUCUGCUCGCACUCCUUGCCCUGCUUUGUGGCAUUGCCAUUGCCCAAUGCCCUGACUAUCUCCAAUACUCGCAAUCCUGGCACUAUCCACCUUCAUCCGGCCCACGCAAUAUCUCGUACAUGCGUCCUGAACCUGCCUGCCGCACUUUCAACAUGUCCUUCUUCGAAGAUGGUUCCUCCGACGCUAUCUUUUAUUCCAUGUCUGAUUUCGACCUGUGGCGUACCUUCCUCAACUCCUACCCCAACACCCUUGACACAGCCAUUCGCUGGAAGGGUUAUGCCGCCGAUUCUCCCGAUGAGGAGCUUACCUUCAUCGUCACAGGGGAUAUUGAUGCUAUGUGGUUGAGAGACAGCAGCAAUCAGAUGCAGUCUUAUCUUCCUCUUCUCACAGCCAAUUCUUCGGCGGAUUCACUUGCCUCUCUCUUCCGCGGUGUCAUUAAUCUCCAGGCUCGAUACCUGCUCACUUCGCCUUACUGCAAUGCUUUUCAGCCUCCCGUCGAGAGCGGUAUCGCUCCUGCAAAGAAUCCCUCAGCUAGCCAAGAUGUUGUCUUCCCUACCUACGAUAAUGCCUCGGUCUUCGAGUGCAAGUACGAGUUGGAUUCUCUCGCCUCCUUCCUGCAGAUUAGCGCACAAUACUACAACGCUACAGGAGAUGCCGCUUUCUUCGGCAAGCACCACUGGCUAGAAGCCAUCAAUCACGUUUACCAAGUCUUCAACGAUCUCUACUUCUCUUCCACGUACGACGUUAAUGGACAGGUCAAGCAGCCAGAUUACAGCUUCACUAGAGUGAGCGACCGCGCAACUGAGACCCUUGCCAACGACGGAUUGGGCAAUCCUUUCAAAGGCGGCAUUGGCUUGUUCCGCUCAGCAUUCAGGCCUUCGGAUGAUGCGACCAUCUACCAGUACCUCAUUCCGUCCAAUAUGAUGUUGGCUCGCUACCUUGAAGCAGCUGCUCCAAUCAUGGUUGCUCUGAACGAUUCAGAGAGUGCUGUCACGUCCGUGCACAUGACACAGCUCGCUACCAUCAUAAGACAAGGUAUAGAGGAACAUGGUAUCGUUACUGUUGGGGGCAAACGUGUCUAUGCCUACGAGGUUGACGGUUAUGGUUCUGCAAACAUCAUGGACGACGCCAACAUCCCCUCGCUCCUCUCAGCACCGUUCUUUGGCUACCUUGACGCCAAUGACGAUGUCUACCAGAACACACGCGCCUUACUGCUCAGCUACGGCAAUCCUUACUUCAUGCAAGGUCCUGUCAUUAGUGCAAUUGGAGGGCCACACCAAGGACCUGGAUAUGCCUGGCCAAUGGCUUCGAUUGUACGCAUUCUGACCAGCGAUAACGACACCGAAAUCAGCGAGCAACUCGCCUUGAUCAUCGACAGUACCAACACUCUUGGACUUAUACAUGAGAGCAUCAACACCUUUAACUCAUCUGACUACACCAGACCGUGGUUCUCGUGGGCCAAUGGACUCUUUGGUCAGAUGAUUUUGGAUUUGUAUGCCCGCAAGCGUCACAUUUUGGGUCAAAGUUUCCCGCAGGCACAGCAGAGUUGAUUCCUAUGCGCAAAGCAUUCCAAACUCGACGUCUGGUUUAUAGCAAUUCCGGCUGUGUUGUAGGGAGUAUGGGGUAAUCACGCAUUGUGGCUGAGGUUUGGUGAAGACGAAACCAAGGCCGAACCAAGAAAGUUUGAUGUGUUGAGGAAUGUGAUCACGGUCUAAUUAUGGUAGGUUACAGAUGUAUUAACGCAGUUUCAAAGCCAUCCGAAUCUUGCCGGACGUUGUGUUGCCACAAGC